AUAUUUUAUAUUCUUAGGGCUAAGGCUAAAUACCUUAGAUUAGGUAUAAUACCAAAUCGAAUUAUUGGCGUGCUGUGGUGGCAUGACCUUGUCUUUAUUUCAUUUUUCAUUUGUUUCUUGUCAACGACGCGAUGCCAACGUAGAGCCCAACUGAAGUUUAUUUUCUUCUAGAAGUUUAUGAACAUCUAAAAUUUGUUUAAUAUGGGUUUUGACGACGCGGCAUUAAUUGAAUUAGUGGAGGCUCAUCCUUGUUUAUAUGAUAAAGAGAAUAUAUUGUUUAAAAACAAGCAGUUUGUUGAGAACACAUGGGAUAAGAUUGCCACAAUUUUAAAUACACCAGCUGAUCUGUGCAUACAACGAUGGGUAAAUUUAAGACAUCGCUACACUAAAGAAAAGCGAAUAGCAAAAACCAUUCCAAGUGGAUCAUCUGCAGCUGGAAAAAUAUGGGAGUAUUACACAAAUAUGAGUUUUUUGGACAAUUUUAUUGUACAAAGAAAUACUUCAGGCAAUAUAAAAAAGUGCCAUAUCGAAGAGGCGGGUCCGUCCAGUAUUUCUGGGGAUUUAGAGGAUUACAUAGAUCCAGCCUGUUACAGUCAACAAUCCAGGCCCAGUACAAGUACAUCUGAAUCAACACCGUCAGACAAUGAUUUUGAAGAAGGGCCAGUAGAAUUGUCUGCUGGCGGGAGUCAGCUUUCGAGUGUCUCAACUAAAUCGUGUGUACAGAUACCGAUGACUCGAAAAAGGCAAAAAUCUUCAUCGGAAGACAUUUAUGUGGCCUUUAAAAAUAGUUGUGAAGCAAUACACAACCACUUGGAAGCUCACAAUGAAGACAUGAUAUUUGGACAGGGUAUCGGAGCUACACUUAGUAAGGUUAAAAACCCUGUAAAAAGCUUAAAAUAAUAACUUUAUUUUACAAUGUAAUGAGUGAAAAUUUGACAGAAGAAGAUUUUCAAGAUUAAACCUACCUAUUUUAUAUUUUAAUUAUGUUUGUAAAUAAAA